ACACAGACAGAUACCCCCGCUCUACCCACCGCUCUACCGUCAUGAAGGUCUUCCAGGUUCUCCUCGUCGCUGCGUUGGCCGUGUCCGCCGUCUCGGGUGCCACGACCACGACCGCCCCCUCCACCACUGCCACUGCCGCCUCCACUUCGUCGGCUGUGGCCUCGUCCAGCGCCAGCGCCGAGACGUCCGCCGCGUCCUCCGUGGCGUCUUCUACCAGCGCCAGCGCCGCCGUGGCCGAUUCUACCUCGGGCUCGUCCAACGUCACGUCGACGACGUCCGAGGAGUCCUCGGCUGAGACGGACGCGUCGGUCACCGCGGACUCGGCCUCCACCUCGGACUCGAGCUCGUCGGAGGAGUCGACCACGGCGCAGAGCAGCUCCGGCUCGGCCGAGUCCGACUCGGGCCCCACGGGCAACUCGGGCGGCGCCAUCGCCCCGCGCUCGGGCUCGGCGCUGUCCAGCUCCUCGGACGCCAUACCGCACGUGACGGCCACCAUGGGCUCGGUCGCCGCGGUCGUCGUCGCGAUCGGCGCCUACUUCCUGUAAGUUUUAGGCGCGUUAGGCAGACUCCAGUGACGUCGACGGUUCUACGGUACACUAGACUACUUUCUCCUAGUACAAGCCGGGGAGGCUGGCUGAAUGUACAGAGGCCGCCGCCCCGUAUCAUUAACACGUAUAUUUCCGCUCCCGAUUGAGCACACGUCGUCGU